AUUUCCAAAGGCCACAAUGGAGGCUCAAGCUCAUGAUGCAAUUACUCGUGGGCCUUAUGUUAAAGCCACACUUAAACUUGGGUCGGAAACAUACACUGUUGAUGCAAGCAAGGGUAGUACCAUCUCUGAGGAAUUGGUUUCUAUGAAAGAAAAAAGCAUGAGCAUAUUGAAGGAAUUCAUUACCAAACAUAAUGUUCCUAAUGAUGUCCCUGAUGACCUGGUUGAAAGCUCUUCUGAAGAUGAAGAAGAAAUCCCUGAGAAGCCUCAUGUCAAGUCAAAGAAAACAAAACUUACUUGAGUUUCCUUGUUAUCGGCUCAAAUUUGGUAAUAUCCAUGGAAAGCUUCUUUAUUUUCUAACUGCCUCGAGAAAGAUAACAGAGGUACUAAGAGUUGGGUUGUUUCUCCUUUAGUUUUUAUAUCAAUGUGUUUACCAGGCUAUGCCUUCAUUUUGUUGUGAGUUUGCGGUGUAAAGUUUGGAUAUUUACUCUCUGGAUUCCUAGAAUAGACAGUGGCUAGAUUUUCUUGUGUUAA